AUGGGGAAGGAUAUUACGACAGAAAUCAACUUUUUCAGUCAUACGCCUGACGGUGGCGUUCUAUGGUCAGAAAUCACACACCCUCAAGAUGUGCUUGUGCCAGUUUCAGUUGCCAUUUAUGAUCUACGUGACAAUGAAACCAGUGUCGAUCUUGGCAAGAAUAGUUUCGAAGUAGGCAAAUACCAGGGACAAACAUCUUGUGAUUUCGAUAGUCAGGACAAUGUUCAAGCUUACUAUGAUGAAAUCAACAACAUCCUCAAAAAGCGUUUGGAUGCAUCUCGUGUCAUUGUCUUCAAUCACAUCAUGCGUAUCCGAGGAAAUCUACGUUCUGGCGAGGAAGAAGCUGAACUAGUGUUACAAAAACGUUUCCAAAUUAUUAAUGUCUGGCGACCCAUUGGUUCAAACGCCAUCAUCAACAAUCUUCUGACUAUUUGUGAUUAUCAGAUAUUUGAUCUUAACAAUGAUCUACACCAUGCGGAUGUUCGUCGAUCGAUGGUUACGAAGUCAUCUUAUCUUGUUUCGUAUAAUCCUCGAAAUGCUCAAAAAUGA